GAUAACACACACAUUAUUCCCACGUAAUCUCACACACUGAAACAUCUUUAACAAUAUAAAACCCCACAUUCCACAAGUUCCAAUCAUCAACUAGCUAGAUAUUUUCUUCUUCUUCUUCUGCUCUCUCUUAUCCACAUAAAAUAAAAAAGAAGCAAAAUUCAUAAUUUCAAAACCACUCCAUUUUCCCUUCCAACGGCCAUCUUUCAAUGCUCUUUAACAAAUAGCUCUCUUCAUCUUCUUAAAAACUGAAAAUAAAAGCACCAACCACCCAAAACCAAACACCAUACAAGGAAGCAGAAAUAUAAACAAAAACACACAAAAGAUUGUAUUUUGAGCAGACCCCAGAACCAAAAACACACAUGAUUUUGCACUUUGAGAGCCAAAACAAAGAAAAGAUUGCAUUUUGAGAGCCAAAACAGAGAAAAGAUUGCAUUUUUAGAGCCAAAACAGAGAAAAGAUUGCAUUUUUACAGCCAAAACAGUGACAAGAUCGAAUUUUUAGAAGACCCCAGAUGGAUUUUCCAUCAUUCUUGACGUCUUUAGGAACUUCCUUGAUAAUAUUUGUGGUUUUGAUGCUGUUAUUCACAUGGCUUUCAAGAAAACCAGGGAAUGCUGAGGUAUACUAUCCAAACCGGAUCCUUAAAGGUAUGAACCCGGUUGAAGGCGGGUACAUGACCCGGAACCCAUUUUCUUGGAUCCGAGAAGCUAUGUCCUCAUCUGAAACUGAUAUCAUCAACAUGUCUGGAGUUGAUACUGCUGUCUACUUUGUUUUCCUUGGCACAGCCUUGGGAAUAUUUGUCUUCUCCGGCAUUGUACUACUGCCUGUACUUCUAGCAGUUGCUUCAACUGAUCAUAGUAUAAAGGCAGCUAAUACCACCAGCAAGGGGACUUUCAAUGAACUUGAUAGUUUAUCUAUGGGACACAUUGGCAAUUCAGGACCGCGGUUGUGGGCAUUUAUAGUUGCAACAUAUUGGGUUUCUGUUGUUACUUACUACCUUUUAUGGAGAGCAUACAAGCAUGUUACGGAAUUGAGAGCUAAAGCUCUUAUGUCUCCAGAAAUCAGAGCCGAUCAAUUUGCUAUUCUUGUCAGGGAUAUUCCUCCUGCCUCUGUUGGUCAAAGUAAAAAAGAGCAGAUAGAUUCAUUCUUUAGCGCAAUCUACCCCGACACAUUUUAUCGGUCAAUGGUGGUGACGGACAAUAAGGAGGUAAACAAAAUUUAUGAAGAGUUGGAAGGGUACAAAAAGAAGCUUGCACGUGCUGAAGCCAUCUAUGCGGAGUCGAAGAAAACAAAUCCUGAUGCACUAAAACCCUCGCAUAAAACUGGUUUCCUUGGUAUUGUUGGUGAAAAAGUAGAUUCAAUUGAAUUCUACAAUGAUAAAAUUAAGGAGUUGAUCCACCAGUUAGAAGUUGAACAGAAGGUGACUCUCAAAGAGAAACAGCAAUCUUCCGCGCUGGUCUUUUUCAACAGCAGAGUGGCUGCAGCUUCUGCAUCACAGAAUUUACAUGCCCCUAUAGUUGACAGGUGGACUGUUAUAGAUGCUCCAGAACCACGGCAGUUGAUUUGGACUAAUCUUUCGAAAAGUUUUUAUGUGAGAAUAAUUCGGCAGUAUGUUGUGUACGUUGUUGUGUUUUUGACCAUAUUCUUUUACCUGAUUCCGAUUGGGUUCGUCUCUGCUUUAACAACUCUAGACAAUCUGGUGAAGCUUCUCCCGUUUUUGAAACCGGUUGUGAAUCAGAAGACAAUCAAGACAGUGCUAGAAGCAUUUUUGCCUCAACUUGCGCUCAUCAUAUUUUUGGCUUUGUUGCCAAAAUUUCUUAUGUUUCUAUCCAAAGCAGAAGGCAUCCCUUCAGAAAGCCAUGUGACAAGAGCUGCUUCAGGGAAAUAUUUUUAUUUUGCAGUGCUGAAUGUAUUUAUUGGUGUUACUCUUGGUGGAACUCUAUUCAGUAACUUACAGAGCAUUGAGAAAGAUCCCAACUCUAUUUUUCGUGUAUUGGCAGAAAGCCUUCCACAGAAUGCAACUUUCUUCUUGACCUUUGUGGCUUUGAAGUUCUUUGUCGGCUAUGGGCUGGAGCUGUCCAGAAUAGUUCCUCUAAUCAUAUUCCAUCUUAAGAAGAAGUAUCUGUGCAAAACUGAAGCUGAGAUAAAAGAGGCUUGGGCUCCUGGCGAUCUAGGCUAUGCAACUCGAUUUCCUAGUGAUAUGCUGAUUAUGACGAUUGUCCUAUGCUAUUCCGUCAUAGCUCCAAUUAUUUUACCCUUUGGAGUGGUUUACUUCGGUCUUGGGUGGCUUCUUCUACGGAAUCAGGCACUGAAAGUGUACGUUCCUUCAUUCGAGAGCUACGGAAGAAUGUGGCCGCAUAUUCACACGCGCAUGUUAGCUACCUUGAUUUUGUAUCAAGUUAACAUGUGCGGUUACUUUGGAGUUAAAAAGUUCGCGCCUACUCCAGUUCUUUUCCCACUUCCAAUAUUCUCCCUUAUCUUCGCGUUCAUUUGUCAGAAGAAGUUCCGUCGUUUCUUUGAAUCUCCAGCCCUCGAAGUCGUCUCUCACGAACUAAAAGAAGUUCCGAACAUGGAUGUUGUCUUCAGAUCUUUUAUUCCACCAUGCUUGAGUGCAGGGAAGUCCGAUGACCAUCAGUUUGAGGACGCGUUAUCUCACGUAUCAAAAACAGGUUCCUCUUCAGUAUGAUAUGAUGAAACAUUUGGAAAUAUCUUACCACGUCGUUUCAUUUUGGAUAGUUGGUCUGUGUUGAUAGUUUCUACUUUGGAUUUUGGAUAGGUUUGCAUUGUGUGUUGAUACUUUCAUUGGAUAGUUGCUCUAUGUUCGUAGUUUGUUUGUGAAAUGAAUUUGCGUUCUGAAAGUUUACUUUUAGCAUGUAGUGCUUCAAUUUGCAAGGAAUUUGUUGAAACUAUUGUUUAAUGGUAAAAGGAAACGGUUGAAUUA